AUGGAUCCUUUUUCCCUUAACUCUCCCGGGUUGGUUAACCUACUAGCUUCCCAGAGCAGUCAAACAAUAGACUUAGGGUGUUCUGAGGUUCCUAAACCUGCGUCAAAGCGAAAGUGGACAACCAAAGAAGACGUUGUGCUGAUCAGUGCUUGGUUGAACACCAGCAAGGAUCCAAUCAUGAGUAAUGAGCAGAAGGCAGCUAAGUUUUGGAAGCGAAUAGAGGAGUAUGUAAAUGCUAGCCCUCUGCUCAUUGGCUCCGUUCCUAGGGAGUGGAGUCAAUGUAAGCAGAGGUGGGGAAGGGUGAAUGAGCAGGUGUGCAAGUUUGUGGGAAGCCAUGAAGCCACUUUGAAGGAGCAAGCGAGUGGCCAAAAUGAGAAUGAUGUCAUGAAGGCUGCCCAUGACAUCUUCUUUAAUGACUAUCAUGUCAAGUUCAGUCUUGAACAUUGUUGGAGGGAGCUUAGGUUUGAUCAAAAAUGGAGAUCACACUCAUUGUCGAAAGAUGGUGCAAAGGAGAAAAUGAAGGAACCUGCGGAGGAGGUGCCUGCCGAGGAAGAUGUUAGGCCUCCUGGUGUUAAGGCUAGCAAAGCAGCCAAAUGCAAGAAGCACGCGAAUGAAGCAGCUUUUGAUCAGAUAGAGAGCAUAUUAGUUGUCAAAAAUAACAUAUCCAAACAGAAAAUCCUUGAUCGUCACGGGUUGCAAGAGGUGGAUGCGUGUGGACGUGGAUGCUUGUUCUUUAUCUCGGUUUCUUUAGGUAUCAGGUCACGGGUUGCAGGAGGUGGAUGCUUGUAG